AUGAGGAGUGUUUUAAUAUUGUUACUUGCGACACCCUGGUGGCCCCACGGGGACGCCGCCAUCCCUGACUACGCGGCCCACAUUCUCAAGCACAUGCGCCCACAAGCAUCGGCCAGUGUCCAGCGGAAGGCCGCACUGGAGGUGAUCGCCCGAACGAUCGGUGCGGAACAAGCGGCACCGUUCCGGGUGCAGAUUGACAGCUCCCUGGAAAGAAAUACGUUUCACAUAUUCAAAGAUGAAGCUGCGGCGAACCCUGCGGUGGUGCAGAUCGUCGCCUCGAGCGGAGUGGCUGCCACGAAGGCAUUCUACCACUAUCUGAAGCGCUACUGCCACUGCCUGGUAGCCUGGGAAGGGUCGCAACUGCGGCUACCGGUUCCGCUGCCGGCCGUCAAUGAAACCGUAACGGCUCCCAGUGCCUUCGUCUACUACCAGAACGUGUGCACGUGGUCAUACUCGUUCACGUGGUGGCGCUGGACGCAGUGGCGGACCCACAUCGACUGGAUGGCACUGCAGGGGAUCACGCUGAGCCUGGCACCGUUCCAGGAGGACGUUUGGAUCGACCUGUAUCUGGAGUACAACCUAACGGCACCGCAAAUCGAGAACCACCUGUCGGGGCCGGGCUUUUUCGCCUGGCAACGAAUGGGUAACAUCCGCGGCUGGGGAGGACCACUGAUGGAGAGCUUCGCCCAGUUCGGUCGCACCCUGCAGCAGCGCAUGGUCCACGAGAUGCGACGACUCGGAAUGAUGGUGGCGUUACCGGCGUUCGCCGGCCACCUUCCGGUACCGUUCCGGGCGCUCUACCCAAACACCAAGUUCGCCAACGUGUCCGUGUGGAACGGCUUUCCGCCCCAGUACGCGAGCCCCCUGUUCCUCGACCCAACGGAGCCGCUUUUCGGGGAACUCGGCUCGCGGUUCCUGGCGCGCAUGAUCGAGCGGUACGGUAGCGAUCACGUGUACUUUGCCGACCCGUUCAACGAAAUCGAUCCGGUCUCGUCCGGCGGCAAGUACCUCACGAGUGUGGCCUCUUCGAUCUACGACGCAAUGGCGGAGGUAGAUCCGCUGGCUGUCUGGCUGCUGCAGGGCUGGAUGUUUGUGAAGAAUCCCUUCUGGAGCGAUCGUGCCAUCCGUGCCUUUCUGACGGCCGUUCCGACUGGCCGGAUGUUGGUGCUCGACCUUCAAUCGGAACAGUUCCCACAGUACGGACGCACCGAAUCGUACGCCGGCCAACCGUUCAUCUGGUGCAUGCUGAGCAACUUUGGCGGAACCCUCGGUAUGCUCGGUACAGUGGAGCGCGUGUACCGCGGAAUCGGCAGCACGCGCGGCAACGCAACGUACACGAUGCUCGGUGUCGGAAUUACGCCGGAGGGUAUCAACCAGAACUACGGUCUGUACGAGUACGCCCUCGAAAUGGGGUGGUACGACGACCGGCAGGACCCGGAGCAGAUGGACCCGGAGCGGUGGUUCCGCCGCUACGCCCGGGCGCGUUACGGAACCGGCGGCGAAUCGCAGGCCCAAGAAGCGUGGGACAUUUUCCGCACUACCGUAUACUCGUACGCCGGCCAGGUGCGCAUGCACGGCAAGUACACCUUCAAUCGGCGACCGAGUACCAAGAUUAAUCCCUGGGUUUGGUACAAUGUGACCGCUUUCAACGAGGGCGUACAGCGGUUGCUCUCUUUUGCCGAAGAGAGUUACUGCAACGCGCUCUGCCGGUACGAUGUGGUCGACGUGACGCGCCAGUUGGCCCAGAACGUGGCCGACGCGCUCUACCUCACGCUGAUGGAUAAUUACCGGCGCAAAAACAUCGAGCGCUUUGGCCUGCACGCGAAUCAGUUCCUGGAGUUGCUGGCCGAUCUCGACCGAUUGUUGGCCAGCGAGCAGCACUUCCUUCUGGGACCCUGGCUCACGGCAGCCCGGGAGUUUGGUGAAACGCCACUCCAACGGCAGAAGUACGAGUACAACGCACGCAUCCAGAUAACGCUAUGGGGCCCGCAGGGACAGAUCGUGGACUACGCUAACAAACAGUGGGCCGGUAUGGUGCAAGACUUUUUCGUGCCCCGCUGGCGCGUAUUUCUCACCGAACUGGGCAUUGCCCUCGCCGCGAACGGAACGGCAAGCGAUUCGCGAAUACGCGACAAGGUGUUCCGCAACGUCGAGCUGCCGUUCACCACGGACGACAAACGGUACGCCACGGUCGCUUCCGGCGAGGAUCCAGUGCGCCUGGCGCGCUCGCUGUACAACAAAUGGUCCAGCAUCGCAGGCGGACUGUCGGAAGUACCGGUGACUCCGCCGGCACCACCGGCACGGCUGCUUAAGCCUGUCAAACGUCGCAAUCGGAUUUCGGUAUUGGGCUGAAUAACCUGUGGAAGGAUUCACGAUCACGGUAGGGUCUUAACGUUCCAACACGUGUUCCAGCCAGUCCUGUCAUCAAGCGUUCGAGUUCCGUGUUCGAUUAAAGGCAUUUCAUAUUUUUGUUAUGCUCGUGUCUUGACAUUGCAAUUUACAAUAGGUCCAUAGGUUGUGUCCUCGAUUAAUUUUAGUGUUUCUCAUAUAAACAUCGUUAAUGUGGGGGCAAACGGCGCCGUUUACCCUCUGCUAACCAACCAGCGGGGUUCGAGCCAGACCAGAUGCCAUUCCGAUCGA